AGCCUUGCUGCGCCCUGGCUAAAACUUUACUCGUUAUCGUGUCUAUUGUCGUCUUACAUUCUCCGCGACCAACUCGCAGCCUGGUCGUACAUAACGUCAGGUGGUCGCCUCAUUUACCUUGUGUAUCAAACCUGCCGCCUGUCCAGGAUUCCCUUCCACGCGGCCUCAAGCAAUGUCUACAACAACCUGUAACUGUCGGAAAUUGGUCCCUGUUGAUCAUAUCUAACCCCCGCCUUCAUCCUUGGGCCUACCAUUCCCAGAUCCCUCCGCGUAAGCCGUCCACCUUCGUCUUCCUGGAAAGAGACAUAUCCGAAGUAAAUCGCUUGCCUGUGAUCCCGGAAAGGACCUGAUCACCCUGCCGGCGCAGGAGAACCCUUGAUCUUGCCAGGGCCAUAAGCCGACCAAGUCUUCUGUACCUGAACUACCAUACGAGGCUACCCUCCAUCGCCCAUAGCCAUGAGUUACAACACAGGUGCUACUUUCGUCCCUGGAGGCGAUGACUCUUAUUAUAUGCCAGAAUUGAUUCAGCCGACCCCCAGCCGAGCACAUGAACUCCCGACGAACAUGCAGCAAAAUGUGGCUCACAUGGAACAGGCCGCUGAUAGUCCUGGCUCCUCAGCGUACUCUGGCUCCGUAUAUUCUCCUCUAUCGACGGAUAUGCCUCGUCAGACAAGCAACUGGACACAACCUGCAAGCAAUCAACAACCGCAAAAGAUGCCGAUGAACCCUCCGCCUCAAACGUACCAACAGAGCAACUACCCGCCGCGAUCAACGUCGAUGGCGCCGUCAGAGCAACCCAACUUCUCUCCGUUUCCUGCCCUGCGAAAUCCUCCUCCAAAUAUCCCUCCGACGGACGAGCAGAAAGAAGCAACGUUGGAAGCAGCCAGAGCUGCUGUUUUAAGCUGCAAUGACCCUGAUACUCAAUUGACAUGGGCACAAGAUGCUCUGGCAUAUGUGGAGGUUUGCCUACAAAACGAGGAAAGAGUGGCCCUGGUCCAAGCAGCACGAUCGCGAACACCUCGAAUUGAGCAUGUAUUGAGAGAAGACGCCAUCAAGAUAGUGACGUUUCUAGCAGAUCAACUACAUCCUAAAGCCGAAUUUAUAAGGGGUAUGUGGCUCGAGUUUGGCAAGUUCGGCCACAGAAUAGACAAGAAGGAGGCGUUCCUAUGCUACACAAGAGCGUCAGAAAGGGGAUACAUUCGAGCGGAUUAUCGGAUUGGUAUGCAGUUCGAAUCUUCGAAUGACGCUUUGAAGGCGAUCAAAUAUUACCAAAAAGGUGCUGAAGCAGGAGAUUCCGCCGCCUGCUACAGACUAGGAAUGAUGACUCUACUGGGCCAACAUGGCCAAGCUCAAGACUUCGAGCGAGGCCUCAACCUUAUCUACAAUUCAGCUCAGAUGGCCGACGAAAACGCCCCACAGGGUGCUUUCGUCUUUGGAAUGCUUCAAGCGCAUCAGAUGCCCCAGAUCCAGAUCCCCGAAAACUUUCUGCCACUGAACAUUGCGGCAGCGAAGAUCAACAUCGAGAAGGCUGCUUACUUAGGAUUUGCCAAAGCACAAGUCAAGAUGGGGACAGCUUAUGAACUUUGUGAGCUGGGCUGCCCGUUCGAUCCAGCGCUGUCGUUACAUUACAACGCUCUGGCGGCCGGGCAGGGAGAACCAGAAGCAGAGCUUGCCAUCAGCAAGUGGUUUCUUUGCGGACACGAGGGAGUAUUCGACAAGAAUGAAGAGAUGGCAUUCACUUACGCCCAGCGAGCGGCCCUUUCAGGAUUUCCCACUGCACAAUUUGCUCUAGGAUAUUAUUAUGAGGUCGGCAUCUACGUGCCUGUCAACUUCGAACAGGCUAAGGAAUGGUACCGCAAGUCGUCACAAAGCGGAAACCAGGAUGCCACCGGAAGAAUAGACGCCAUCUCUAGGUCGAAGACGUUGUCUCGAAAAGACCACGAAAGCGUAGCUCUUUCAAAAAUUCGACAGCAGCGUCGUGCGGAUGGUCCACCGCCCACAGUUCCUUCGAUGCCAUCACUUGCCGAAGAAAGAGAACCUCAGAUAAUCGAUAUGCCAGAUCCGUCUCGACUGACAUUGAAUGACCGAAGACCGCCUUCAGCUCGGCCGGGAAGCGCAGCCCCAUACCCCACAAGUAACCAACCUCCAGAUUCUCGAACAAAUUCGGCCUUUGGGAUCAACCCCAAUCUGCGGCCAGCGUCCGCUGCUGCCAUGGGAGCGCCGCGACCUGAUGCAUACGGACAGCUCAACAAUGCGUCUCCCGUACAGCGACCGUAUUCGAGUAAUGAAGGACCGAUGCCAGGUCCCGGCUAUGGUCGUGGUGGACGCUUAUCCUCCGGCCCGCGUCCAAUGCCUCCAAAUCAAGGACCUCCGGGACGUCCUGAUAUGCCAUCGGGCGGAAUGAGACCACCAAAUGCUCCGCCUGUCGCUAUCGGCUACUCCGCUCCGCUUGAUGUGGAGAGAAGACGACCUUCUCAACAGUUGGGUGGUGCGAACAUGGGCAAUCCUCAAGCUCCGAUGAACAUGGCAGGCACACCACCACGCACUUCACCACGACCGGGCCGAAUCCCGCAGCAAAGCCAAGGACAAGGUCCUCCCCAAAACCAAGCACCGCCCAUGAAUCGGCCCAGCGCUGGUUACGGAGAUGCACCGCCUAACGUAAGACCGGCAAACAUGGCUCCAUCCAGACCACCCACCAACACGCCUACUCCACCGCCAUCAAAGCCAACCCAAGUCCCAGCCGCUGCUGCUCGACCCCCAGGCAAAGGACCCAAGACAUUUGAUGAGAUGGGUGUGCCUCCGGGCAAAGACAAGAGUGAAUGUAGAGUCAUGUGAUGCUUUCCAACAGCAAUCGUUCGUAAAGUGAUACCCCGUACGUUCUGUACAAAAAUUGGUUUUAGCAUUGGGUUUAGGUUUGGGAACGAAAAGCUCAUUUCGGAUAUGGGCCUCAUGCCAUUGGCGUUGCUUGUGGUGUCAGCAUAUCUCAAUCAGACAUUGCUAUUGCCGGGUCUUAACAGUUCUAGCUUGAAUGCAAUCAUCUUGACGUUUCAGGUUUCCUGACUGUGAAGACGUCAUAAUGGGAAUUGAUGUGCUAGGUCGUCAGCCAUGGUCUCGGUCAUCUUGUUC